AUGGCUGACGGUCAACCCGCGACCGGCCACACUAGCGAGUUCCCCGAAGUCCCGAGCCGCCCCUUUGCCGCCCCCUGCCGGCCGAUCUGUCCGCACCUCUCCUCGCGGCAGAACUCGCGAACCGCCCGGGUCCGGGGGCGCGGCCAGCACGGGGAUUGGCCGCUCCGGGUCACGUGCCUACACCCCGAGCCAACCAGCGGAGGAGGCGGGGUCUCGCGUUGCGCCUCUCAGGCCGGGCGGGACUGUGGGCGGGGCGAUGCAGCAAUUAGCUCCGCCCCCUCCCUGCGGCCCCAGGUUUCAGACGCCCGCACCCUGGAGCUGCAGCUCCCGCCUUAUCUUCCUCAGUUGGCGACGGAGCAAGCUUUCCAGACUCAUCAGUGGCUUUUUUUGGGGAAUAAGGACACAAAUCCUCGCUGGGACCCGAGCCCUGCGGCCUCCCGGCCUCACCCCUCCUCUUCCCCUCCCGCCCCUCCGCCCCAGCCAUCCUGGCCUUCUGCCGCUCCGCCCCCUUGCCCCGGGCUUUGGCCCAGCCUGCGCCCCGGGCCUAGGCAGUCCUCCCCCGCCACUCCUCCUCCGCCUUCUCCAGCCCCCGUCUCUCCUCUGCUGCAGCUGCCCUCCCCACCCCAUCCUCCCCAGCUCCGCGCAGCCGGCCAACUCCCAGAUCAAGGCCCCGGGGGGAAUUUGGCGCUCGCCGCCGCCUCCGGGGUCCACAGCCCCACCCCCCGUCAUGUGACCAAGAACAGGCCUUACUUCCCCGGACUCCAGAGGCUCAGCUCUGACCCCCACCACUGCCCUGAGGAACCCGAGAUGCGGAGCCUUGAGUUCAAACCCAGCCCUCUAACGGACACAUCUGUGGCCGCCCUGGGAGAUCAGCCCAUCGGUGUGCUUGCAAAACAGCGCAGCCUGCUUUGGGAGAACGCUGCUGAUUUGCCAGCAUGA